AUGUUCCAAAGCCAACAAACUGCGGCCGCGCGCGGCGGACCACUUGGUUCAAAUCGAUUGCAAAAUGGCAAGCUCGGAGGUGGAUCGCAAUGGGCCUUUGGACAGUUAGGCGGUGCGCCGGGCCUCUCCAAUGCGCAGUCUCGAACAAACGGCAGCGGAUUGUCAAGCUUCGCCCAGACAAUAAGUAAUUCGCGACAGCAUGCCUCUCUCAACCCAGAGGAAUUCCCUUCGCUAUCCGGUACGCCGCAAGCGCAACACAACACAUCUGCACAGCAAAUGUGGUCCAAUCCGAGUCUCCGCGUACCCCAACAUUCCACGAUACAAAGACCACAAAUACCAACUCCCUCACAGAAUCAACCGGCACCUACGAACAAUCAGCUGGACCAGAUGCAGAGCCACUUGCAUGAGGAUGGACAUCGAGCAGGUCAGGCGCAGUAUCCGACAGGCGGCGAUGACUUCCGGUUCGGAGGUCAGGCAGGCGUGGGACAGCUGUCUGGCGGCGGCCAGCCUCAAACAGGCAAUAUUGAGGAGUUCCCACCCUUAGGAGGCGGGGCAGGAGAAGUAGGGCCCGACCGAAGAACAGGCAUGAUUCAGAAUGCAGCGGCGUACGCAGGCAAUGGGAGCAAUACCUUCCCAGGUCUUGGUCCGACGAGAAACGGUCUAUCGAGUCCCACAGAAGGUCAGCAUGAUCGAACAAUCAACAAUACCUUGGUUGGCAGAAGCGGCCACCCUGGUCCAAGCAAUGACAGACAAGUAGUUUUUUAUUUGCUGAACGUAAUCAAGGGCGACCAGGUAACCGGUCAGACGAUGGGGAACUUGUCAAUGGCCAAUUCGCAAAUACCCAUCAGGGGUGGAAACCCUGGCGGACAAGCACCUCAACCUCACGACCAAAACUUUGCGGCAGGUACUGCCUCUCCCGGUGCCCGCCUACCUCAACACAAGAAGUUGGCAGACAUGUCUGAGUCGGAACGAUAUAGCUUACCCGGUCUACUAGCAAUGAUUCCGCUUGAGAGCCCGGAUCACUCGUCAUUAGCGAUGGGUCAGGAUCUGACAGUGCUCGGUCUAGAUCUCAGCCGGCCGGAGAAUUCGCCAUUGUAUCCAACCUUCGGCUCGCCGUUCGUUGAAGCAAAUGUCAAACCCGUGGUACCGAAGGACUUUCAUCUUCCAGCCGCUUACACGGUUACCAAUGUCCCACCUCUCCAUAUGAAGAUGCAGCAAUUCCACUGGGAAACACUCAUGGCCAUCUUCUAUCAGUACCCUCGGGACAUUCUGCAAGAGAUGGCCGCGAACGAGCUCUACAACCGGGACUGGAGAUGGCACAUGAAGUAUAGACAGUGGAUGAUGAAGGAUCCCGAGCUGCAAGAUCCGGUGCAGAUCUCUCCUCGGGAGGAGCAUGGAUGGUAUCUGUUCUUCGAUGUGACUAACUGGCGACGGGAGAGGAGAGAAUGCGACCUCAACUACGACGACCUGGAUCAGCGGUAUGGUGGUGGUGCACGAGGUGUGCCACACAUGUAA